AUGCGAAAACUUCUGAUUCUCUCCGUUCUUCCUGCUUUCGCCCAUUGCCUCAACGUGCUGUUCUAUGUCUCUGCAAUCGCUCAUUCGCAUAUUCCAUUCCACAACACAGCGAUCAAUGUGAUGUUGGAAAGGGGACAUACUGUGGUAAACGGAGAACUGUUUUAAGAUGGAGCAAAAGUACGUUUUCAGGACUUGGUGAUCGCUCAAUACAAUGAAAUGGUAAAGAUCAUAAUUCCGAAAGGGGUCCGCAGAAAAUACUCGUUCGGAUACGACGAUCCGAACUACUGGGACAAGAAUGCGAUGCAUUUGUUCAAUAUCUUCGAGAAGAAGCCGACUCCCUUUGCGGAGUUUCUGAAAUUUGACGAAUCGGCUUUGGAUUUGUGUGAAAGUGGGCUCUCUCUCUCCCUCGAACGAGGUCCCAAAUAAGAAUAAUUUCAGCAGCCGUGAAGGAUUCGAGUCUUCUGGAAUACAUAAAAGAAGGUCAUUAUGACAUCGGAAUCAGCAGUGACUACGAUCCGUGUGCCAAUGUGAUCAUGCAUGCAGCCGGGGUUCCAGCGAAAGCAAGUGAGUAUUUUCAGUCGCAACGUAUUCCGAGAAAGUUCGCAGGUUUGAUUCCGACUCCGAUGUUCCAGCCACAAGUGGUCAGUGCCGGAAUUCCAUCUCCCGCCAGUCUUUACGGAAGUGAGCCUUUUCCUUCUCUCCUUUAAACUCAUACCAUUCUUCCAGCGGUUCUCCAUCCCAAACCAGACGAUUCCCUUUUCUAUCGCGCGUUCGAUCUCAUCAGACACACUUAUAACAUCUACUUUGUUACCCCCAGACAUAUGCAAAAAUAUGUAAUCAUCAGAAUUACGGGCCGUUUCCCAAUGUAAUAGUUCAGAACCGUCUUGUACAAAAGGCAUUCGGACCCACUUUCCCGGAUGUGAGCGAAAUACAGAGAAACGUGGAUAUCAUACUGACGAACAGCAAUGAAAUCAUCGAGAAACCCCGUCCGAUUUCACACAAAAUCAAAUAUAUCGGAGGAAUGGGAAAGAAGAAAUCGAAGCCAGUGAGCAAGGAACUGGACAGUCUGCUCGCCUCCGCACCCAGAGGAGUCGUCCUUUUUUCAUUCGGAACUCAGGUGCCAACGAAGAAAGUUCCGGUCGAGCUGCGUCGAAACUUUGCCAACGCUUUCAAGCAUUUCCCCGAUUACCUUUUCCUCUGGAAGUACGACAACCUGACUGAUGACUCAGAAUUGUUCGCAGACAUUCCCAAUAUCCAUAGACUGGAAUGGUUGCCUCAAACCGAUUUGCUAGGUAAGCUAGUUAUACUGGAAAGUAGAAAACAGAAGGCAUUUCAGGAGAUCACAGAGUGAAAGCAUUCAUAAGUCACAUGGGACUGAACUCGUUCCUCGAGACGGCCGCAGCCGGAGUUCCUGUUCUCGCCAUCCCACUGUUCAUUGACCAACAACACAAUGCUUACAAUGGUACCUUGUUCGUCUUUUCUGUCUUCCCACGCAUUAUUCUUUCAGCUGCCGCUCGUGAAAUGGGAGUCAUCGUGGACAGAGACCGUUUGACUGUGGACAACCUCGUCGCGGCUCUCACAGAACUUCUGUCCAACUCGAAAUACGGUCAAAACGCUCAGAUUAUCUCGCAAAUGAUGGUGCAGAAGCCGGAGCAGGCGGAGCAGUUAUUCUACGAAUGGAUCGAGUUCGCUGCCAACAAUCCGGGACUGCACAAAGUGUUCAACCUUCCUGGCGCCGAACUCACUCCGUUCUGGUACUACUGCAUCGACGUGCUCUGCAUCUUCGCUCUCGUCGCUCUUCUCGUCACUCUCCUUCUCUGGAAAAUAGUUUCUUCCGUUAUUAAACGGAUUGCGAUACGAACGAAAGCGAAGGCGGAGUAG